UUUAAACCUAUUUAAGCGUAUUUAUUUUGUACUGACAUUUUGAUAAUAAAACCCGCCGGAAUGGAGACUUCUCAGAUUCGCCAGAACUACGACCGCGACUGCGAGGCUCUGAUCAACAAGAUGAUCAACUUGGAGCUUUACGCUGGAUACACCUACACCUCCAUGGCUUUCUACUUCAAACGGGAUGAUGUCGCUCUUCCUGGUUUUGCCAAGUUCUUCAAGAAGAACAGCGAGGAGGAGCGCGAACAUGCUGAGAAGUUCAUGGAGUUCCAGAACAAGAGAGGGGGACGCAUCAUGCUUCAGGACAUCAAGAAACCUGAUCGUGAUAUGUGGGGCAAUGGACUGAUUGCUAUGCAGUGCGCUCUUCAGCUGGAGAAGAACGUCAACCAGGCUCUGCUGGAUCUGCAUAAGGUCGCCUCUGAGAAGGGAGACCCUCAUCUGUGUGACUUCCUGGAGACUCACUACCUGAAUGAGCAGGUUGAGGCCAUCAAGAAACUUGGUGACCACAUCACCAACCUUUCCAAGAUGGAUGCUGGCAACAACAGGAUGGCAGAGUACCUGUUUGACAAGCACACCCUGGAUGGAGGCAGCAGCUAAAUGAUGCCCUCAGAUCAUAUUAAUACAUGAAUGAAUAGAAAUACUAUUCUCUUAAAUAUGUUCUUAUCAAACAGCUCUUGUGCAAAAUGUUGAAGUCCAACGGGUUGAAAGGUUAACAUCAAGUACAUUUUCCAUUACUAUUAAAAAAAUGCAGCGUUACUGUUUUGAAUAGCCAUCCUGUGAUUCUCAUCAAGCAAUACUUUCCUGUUGAACAUGCAAUGAUUGACCUGGUGAAUUUAAAUAAAAAAUUCUAAACUGCAUAA